AUGUCAGAGUUUAACGGUUACACCGCGUUCUCCUCUCCUAGCCGCAUAACCAAGCAGGAGGAGGACGCCAUCCUGGUGUCCUCCUUCAAGCACGUCAUCUCCGGCGGCGGCAGCGACGACUCGCUCACCCCAGAACAACUAGCCCUCCUCUCCUCCUCCUCCUCCACCGCCGCGGCCUCGUCUUCUUCGUCGAAUAAGAAGGCGAAGAAGAAAGGGGUGUAUAGAGGGGUGAGGCAGCGGCCGUGGGGGAAAUGGGCGGCGGAGAUUCGAGACCCGGAGAAGGCCGCCAGGGUCUGGCUCGGCACGUUCGAGACGGCGGAGGAAGCCGCCAGGGCGUACGACAGGAAGGCCAUCGAGUUCCGCGGGGCCGCCGCCAAGACCAACUUCCCCGCCGCGGAGUACGCCGCGCCAAUUCAGGAUGCCGUGGAAACUACGGCGGCGGCGGCGAACCGCGGCGAAGAGGGCGGAGCGGGAGGAGGAGGAGGAGGAGGAGGAGAGGAGGACUGGAUGUUCGAAAUCUUUGAAGAGGAGGAGUUGCGGGAGUUGAUGAUGAUGGACUGA